AUGCUGCAGGGGAAAGCAGCAGAGUCGAAGGUGCAGCCUGAGAACAAUGUGUACAUACACCCCACAAGCAGCAGCAGCAGCUGCUGCAGCAAGCGCUGCAGUAGCAGCAGCUGCAGCAGCAGUCGCAGCAGCAGAGGCUGCUGCUGCACGGACAACAGCAGCAACACCCGCAGACUCAGAAGCACCACCAGCAAGAAGAAAUGCCUGCACCUUCAUGGCCAGCAGCAACAGCAGCAGCAAAGGCGGCGGCAGCAGCAGCAGCAGGAGACGCGCCAGCAGCAGCAGCAGCAGCAACAGCUUGUGCUACCUGUAUAUAUUUUGCCGUCAGUGCCCAGCACGCUGACGCCUUGCUGCAGCUGCGAAAAGGGAGCGUAG